CGCGCGCACGGCUCUGACGUCGGCGCUCAGCAAGUCGGCGCGAGUCCCUGUGUGUGUGCAGUUGUGUUUCUGCGCUCGGUUUUCCUUCCCCGAGCUUGUCAGUCAGUCGGCUUCUUCAUCUCCUUAUUCGGUUCCUUUUGCAGCCAUGUGCACGGAACGUGAAAAGUGCUGAGUUUACAAACAAAAGUCAACAUUUUCACUCUUUUUUAUUUUUUAUUUUAUUCGGACCUGCGCGCUUGUCGUCUGGGGAUUUAACGCGCGCGAGCUGUCAGAACUGGAAGUAGAGCGCGCGCGGCGACCGCAAACAACACCGGACACACACACACACACACACACACACACACACACACACACACACACACACACACACACACACACACACACACAGAGGAGAGAGACUUUAAAGCAUAAAGGCAUAAAGCAAUAUACAACUGUUCUCUCUCUCUCUCUCUCUCUCUCUCUCUCUCUCUCUCUCUCUCUCUCUCUCUCUCUCUCUCUCUCUCUCUCUUGCUUUCUUUUUUUCUUUUCUUAUUGGAUUACCGGUUGCACAGCAACGGAGACCCGUGAUAAAUCUGGAUGUCGUAGUUAAGGUCUAUCAAAUGAUCCAGGCAUGGAGUCCAAAAGAUACCAAAGUAUUUACGAAGGUACAGACAGAGAAAACAGAUGGGCCCAGAUGCCAGGAUCUAUUGAGCAGUGCUGCACAGCAGAGGAGGAGAGAGCGCUGAUGAACAGUGAUGUCCUGAUGGACAUUGUAAAUGCAAGUAAUGCAUCCAGUGUCCCUGCUCCAAAGUGCAAGGAAAGUGGAGGAAAAAAGGCCGAGAUGCCAAUUCCCCAGCUCAAUCCUGACCAGCAGCUCAGCUUCCCUGCAUAUAAUAACUCCAUUCAUGGCCGCAAGCCGGAAGACUCUAAAGAGCUUUCCAAAACUGUUGCUGAGUCUAUGGGCUUGUAUAUGAAUGCUGCCAGGGAGGCUGAAUUUGCCUUUGGCCAGCAGGGACCACCUGCCAAAUGCCAGGACAGCCCUGGAAAACUUUACCCUUUGUGUGGCAGAGGGAUCAAGGACAAUCAGUCAGGGACUACUAGGAGCCCGAAAAUAAAAGCUGCUCCGACAUUAUUUCCAACCAUGUCCCAGUUACCUAAUGGUAGCCUUGGUGAGUGUGGUGUAGGCACUGUGCCAACACCUUCCACCUUGAACACAGUUCUGUCCAGCCCUGCUGAAGAAUCCAGCAGCAUUUCCAGCCCAAGUGGAAAUAACAUUGUGACUUCCACCACCAGUCCCACCUACUUUGGCACUAGUCACCCUUCCUUAGGCAGUCCAGCCAGUCUGGGUCCAGUUGCUUCAGGUCUGGCACCAACUCAACGUGUCAACUCAAGCACCUGCAGCCCAACAGAAUCUAGCACUAUGGGCACUCCACCACUAGCAAGCCCCUUUAACGUGAUGAAAUCACCUAUCUCAAGUCCACAGAGCAUGGGAAGCGUGAGGACACCGCAGUCCUGCAGCACCAACAUGAGGUCAUCUGUGUCCAGUCCCACAGGAAGUGGUGGCAACUUGAGGCCUUCUGGGUCUAGUCCACCCACAGUUGGUUCCAUGGCUUUGUCCAGUCCAAGGAACCCUUCCCGGACAUUUUCUGCCUCAAGCCCUCCCAGUAGUCUUGGCUUAGUUCAGAAUGACAUCCACAGCCCUGAUGGCCAAGAGCAUGACUUUAAAGACUUCAAGUUCCCCAAAGUGGAGAGCUUGGAUGGGGAAAUAUUUAAUGUUGGCCUGGACUCCAUGGGGAUGGUCAAGUACAUCAAAAAUGAGCCAGACACUGAUUACAGGAGUAUGUGUCUGGGCAAUAGCAAUUGCAGUGCGCCCCCUUUGCCAUUUACAUCUCAUAUUAAGACUGAGCCCAACAGUGAAGCAACUUGCACCAAUGCACACUAUGGGGAACCCCAGCAGCCAAUGGGACUCUUCCCAGCUUCAGAGACUACAUACUUGUCCUUGAGGGAUAAUAUUGACGAAUACAGCCUCUCUGGGAUUCUGGGACCUCCUAUUUCUUCUCUUAAUGGCAACUAUGAGUUUGGUGUGUUUCCAAACAAUGACAUGCCCAAGGGGAUUAAACAGGAGACCAAUGAUGGCAGCUAUUACCAAGAGAAUAAUAAUGUGCCCUCAUCAGCUAUUGUCGGCGUUAAUUCAGGUGGACAUUCAUUUCAUUACCAGAUCGGAGCACAAGGAACAAUGUCGUUUUCGCGGCAUGACAUGCGGGACCAGACAAACUCCUUGUUGAAUCUAAUUUCUCCAGUUACAGCGCUAAUGGAGACAUGGAAAACACGCCCAGGCCUGUCGCAGGCUCAACUGUCCGCCUGCGGGGAGGGCUACCCAGCUCCAGGCUGCGUCUCUGACACCAUGGCAAGCGCUCCUUUAAGACACUCAUCCUCCACGGCUAAAGUGUGUUUGGUGUGCGGGGACGAGGCGUCCGGGUGCCACUACGGCGUCGUCACCUGCGGCAGCUGCAAAGUCUUCUUCAAGAGAGCGGUGGAAGGUCAGCACAACUACCUGUGCGCUGGAAGGAACGACUGCAUCAUCGACAAAAUCCGACGGAAGAACUGUCCGGCUUGCCGGGUACGGAAGUGUCUGCAGGCAGGGAUGAAUCUCGGAGCACGCAAAUCGAAGAAGCUGGGCAAGCUGAAGAGCGUCAGCGAGGACUCGUCUCUUCAGAACUCAGAGAAGGAGCUGAGCUCGAAUAUGGCUUUGGUUCCUCACAGUGCCUCUGUGGCUCCCUUCCUCUCUCCGUCUGUGUGCAGCGUGCUGGAGCUCAUUGAGCCUGAGGUGGUGUUCGCAGGUUAUGAUAACACACAGCCUGACACCACCGAUCACCUCCUCACCAGCCUCAACAAACUUGCCGGCAAGCAGAUGGUGCGUGUUGUCAAGUGGGCCAAAGUACUUCCAGGUUUCCGAUCGUUGCCUAUCGAGGACCAAAUCACGCUUAUCCAGUACUCGUGGAUGUGUCUUUCUUCGUUCUCGCUUAGUUGGAGAUCGUACAAACACACCAACGCCCAGAUGCUCUACUUCGCCCCGGACCUCGUCUUCAACGAGGAGCGCAUGCACCAGUCGGCCAUGUACGACCUGUGUGUGAGCAUGAAGCAGGUCAGUCAGGAGUUUGUCCGUCUGCAGCUCACCUACGAAGAGUUCCUGGCCAUGAAGGUCCUGCUGCUCCUCAGCACCGUGCCCAAGGAUGGCCUGAAGAACCAGGCGGCGUUUGAGGAGAUGAGGGUGAACUACAUCAAGGAGCUGCGACGUUCGGUGGGCAAAGCAACAAACAACUCGGGACAGACAUGGCAGCGCUUCUUCCAGCUCACCAAGCUACUGGAUGCCAUGCAUGAUCUGGUGGGAAACUUGUUGGACUUCUGCUUUUACACCUUCCGUGAGUCUCAGGCUCUGAAGGUGGAGUUUCCUGAGAUGCUGGUGGAGAUCAUCAGUGACCAGAUACCAAAGGUGGAGUCGGGCCUCACGCACAUCCUUUACUUUCACAAGAAGUGACGAAAGCUGAGAUGGGGAAAAAAAAAAGGACAAGCGACAAAGAGACGAAGGAACGAAUAAAGAAUGAUGAAGAGGACACGAAAAGCCUCAGAAAGAGGGAAAGAAUGACAGAACGAGAUGGAGGAAGAGAAGGCACAUGUGGGCCAGGCCAGCUUGCUAUGCACAACGUCAGGCACGAAAGGCUCCGAUGUACGUACGCUAAACUAAACCCACCCCCAAUCCCUCAACCCCCUACUCCGACCCCCAUGCCAGGACAGAUGCAGAGACACACACAGAGAGCGAAAGACAGACAGAAAGAAAGAAAGAAAGAAAGAAAGAAAGAAAGAAAGCCAGAAAGCCGCGGCGAAAGAAAGAGAAUGAGAUGAGUUGUCUAGUUGUCUGUAGCCAGCCAGUGAACGUUUAGAGUUCCUUUCUCUUUGCCCCCAAAGACAAUGCUGACUAUCUAUGGAUAUGAAGCCAUAUGUUUCUUUGGUAAAGCUGUAGUGCACAGGUACAAGUGUAUAAAUAAUACUGAAACACAGUGGUAUACGGAGACACGGUAACGUCCUUGCAUCUACACGCUACACCCAUCCAGUACAGUCCAUCCUGCAAUCAAAUCCUGAGGCAUUUCUAUCAUUUAACUCAUCUCAACUCUACACACAUACUCUUUGGAUUUACAAUUUACAGAAAAAGAAGAAGAAAAAAAAAACAAUCUAGAAAAAAAAACAAAAAAAAAAACAGUCCAUAGUAUAUUUCUGUAGCAACUGUAUCAUCAUUAACUUUUUUUUGGGGGGUCGUUUGGGGAGUCAAAGCAAGGACAUUUUCCAAGGGCUACACUACCUAAAAUCUGAAGUGUGUCUAAUCGGUGUGUAUUAAAGCGCAGAGCAGUGUGCACCAUCUCAUCCCCAUGUUUAAGUGAACAGAACAAUCAAACCUGAACGGAUAUGCAAGCCCUUCUUAUUUUAGAGGGAAAAAAAUAUUCUACUUUUUUUUGUAGUCUUUUUUUUUUUUUGUAGGUACAGUUGAAGGACGCUGAGAUCGCAUCCCUAAAGUAGAUCUGUGGAAAAUAACAAAAAACAAAAAAACUGACUGCUGUGAUGAGCGAAAAGCACACAAGGGCUUUGUUUUUAUGACCUUUAGGCAUACGAGAUGCUCGCUACACCGCACAAUGCUGAAUGAAGCCGUAAGACCAUCAGAGCAGAAUCGGUUUAGGUUUAAUGCACUACAUCACUGAGAUUUUUUUUAUUUUUUUUUAAUGCAGAUUAUUAAUUAAAAAAAAAAACAUCCUAUAGUUUGAUUCGUUCGAUCUGCUGUUCUUUUAUCCUCUGUACAAUCUAUCGCUCCGAAGCGAAUAACAAAGGAUGUCUGGAGGCAUGCAGACAGAAAGACCAACAAGACAAAACAAACGGUGCAUCUCCAUUCCAGUAGAUGGAAGAGUUCCUAUUGAGAUCGUUUCGAGUUCAAGGAAAACGACACCGGAUCUCAGGAGCGAAUCCGUCGUGUAUAUAUGAUUACUAAAGACAAGAAUGUGAGCAUUAACUAAUGAAGGUUACUCAAGACUCAUGACGGAAGUCUAAAGGCUGUUGUUGUGCCAUUAAUUAGUUUGAGUGAAAGUUUAUGCGAAACAUAUUUUCUAAGAAGGCUUCUGGGAUUUUUAUUUCCUUUAAAGCUAUCGGCUAUAGAGAGGAAAAAACUCAUUCAAUCAUUUAACCUUGUCAGAUUUGAAGGUUUCACUUUAUUCGUAUUGCUCCAUGUUAACCAAGAAAAAAGUGAACCGAACACACAUCUGGAUAUAACGCGUUCUAAUGAACAUCUGGAAAUUUUUGACUGUAAUUCAACCGGACCCUGGAAAGUGUCGACACCCUGCAGCAGUUAUUGCUGAAUUAAAGAUUCAGAAUAAAGCGCUAUCUGUCUGCUUCCACAUACUGUACACGAGCGCCAAAACACCUACUGUUCGCUGGUGACGCUGUGAUUGACAAGGGCAAGACAGUAUGCCCCACCCACCAAGAGAGCACAGCUUGUAGCUUUGUAAUCCAUGGAGUCAACAACUAGCCUUAGACUUCCACUAUAAAUAAUUUUCCGUUCUUUUCCAACAAACAGAAAAAGAACGACAUUCUUGUUUGAGGUAAUCAUGUGUAUGCUGCAGAUAAAAUGAGAUUUAAUUCUCAAAGAUUCUCAAAGAAAUUCACUUUUUUUUAAAUAAAUUAAUUAAUCAGCGACCAGCUUUAUUAUACAUUGCAUCUCUUAUCCAUUGCAUUGCAUCUUAAUUGAUGUUUUUUCCAUGAAACAGACUUAAGCCACACCCACCAAAUUCAGGGACCAAUCAGAAUGGCCAGAGAGGUCUUUUUUU